CUCUCAUUCAAGCAUCAGUCGCGUCUGCGCCGUUCUACGUCGGACAUCGGAUUACGGAUAGCUGAAUAUACGGAAUACGGAUUUCCGGCCUGUCUUCGCGAAAAAGGAUCGUUAUCAGAGCCCAUCGGAAAUGGCAACGGAUGUGCAAUCGUUUUACAAAGACAAAACUGUCUUCCUAACGGGCGGCAGUGGAUUCCUUGGAAAAGUGACCAUUGCGAAGCUGCUCUGCACCACCGAGGUGAAGCGCAUCUAUGUGCUGCUCCGCGCCAAACGCGGCCAGGAAAUGCGGGAGCGAUGCGCCGCCUGGGACAAGGAUCCGGUCUUCGGUAAUCUUAUGAAAAUAAAUCCCGAGGCUCUGAAGCGCGUGGUACCUUGCGGUGGCGAUUGCCAGGAGCCGGAUCUUGGCCUGAGCAACAGCGAUCGUCAGGUUUUGAUAGAUGAGGUGCAGAUUGUAAUCCACACGGCGGCCACAGUGCGUUUUGUGGAGCCGCUGCACAUCGCCCUGGCGGUGAACACCCGAGCCACCCUACUCAUGAUUCAACUGGCCAAGGAGAUGUCGCACUUGGAGUCCUUCGUCCAUGUGUCCACCGCGUACUCAAACUGCGUGGUGGAGCACGUCAGUGAACGCUUCUAUCCGGAGCACUUGACCUGCCCAGCCGAAAAGAUCCUGGAGCUGCUGGAAAGCAUUAGUCCCGAGCUGUUGGAUGAAAUGGCACCGGCGCUGAUGGGCAAGUAUCCCAACACGUAUACGUAUACCAAGGCUCUGGCGGAGCAGGUGCUCCAGAAGGAGGCGAAGGAUUUGCCGCUUACCAUUUUUCGUCCGGGUGUUAUAAUUGCCAGCUAUAAGGAGCCCAUGCCCGGCUGGAUCGACAACCUGUACGGACCCAUUGCAGUUCUCUACGGAGCAGCCUUCGGUAUACUGCAUAUCACACUGCUUAAUCUCAAGGCCCAGGCUGGAAUUGUACCCGUGGACUACUGCGUCAAUAUGGUGCUGACCUGCGCUUGGAACACGGCCCGGGAUACUAGCAUUAAGCUAUCGCCGGAGCCACCUAUCUACAAUUUUACGCCAAAUAAUGAUAACCUGAUAACCUGGGGUGGAUUUCGGGACAAGGCAGCGAGGCUGCGGUACACGUAUCCACUGACCAAGAUGAUGUGGUUGCCGUUUCUGCAUUGCACCACCAUUCCCUGGCUAUUCCGGUUCACGGCCAUCUUUUACCACCUGCUCCCCGGCUAUGGCAUUGAUAUGGCCUUGCGUUUAUGGGGCAAAAAGCCGCGCAUGAUCAAGCUGUACGACAAGAUCCACAAGAACAUUGAUAUUCUGGCACCCUUUGUGAUCACAUCCUGGUCCUUCGAUACCGUCAACACCCGCAAGUUGUGGGCCAAAAUGUCUGUCGAGGAUCAAAAGCUAUACGACUUCAAUAUGAGCAGCGUCGACUGGGAUGAUUACUUCCUGCAGGCACUGGCCGGAGUUCGCAUCUAUCUCGCCAAGGAGGAGCCAGGACAGGAGGUAGUGGAAAGGGGACGAAAGAUCUACAGGAGGUUUCAAUUUCUUCAUCGGCUGCUGCAGUUCACUCUUUAUAGCGUUGCUGCCUUAAUCUUGUGGUCAAUUUUAAAGCGCCUACUGGGCCUUUUUGUAUAAUAAUCACGAAUAAAGUAAAUUGGCUAUAAUUUA